GAUUGCACCCCAGAGGGCAACAGUGAAGAAGAAGAUUGGAACAUGUACAAGAAGAAAGAAAGUCAUACACAUCUGUAAUGGCAUGAGGGUUGGAGGGGUAGCAGGAGUCUUAAGCACUCUGGGAUUGUUCUCGGCCUCUGUUCUGGCCGCCAGCGCUGAUGAGAAAGCCAGCACAACUCUGAGUGUAGACGAGCUCUCUCUCUACACGACACCGCAGCAGAAGUGCCAGUAUGUGGAGCCUGAGAGUGGGCAGGUGGAAGAGGGCAUGGCCACAUUGCGAAGACUGGCAGAGCCUUAUGCCACCUGGUGCCAGGGUGUAUAUGGAGUGGUGAAACCUAAGGUUGACAGUUCUGUGCAGUUUGGGCAAAACAGUUACGCCUACCUGAAGAACCCUCCACCUGAGUUUUACCCAAGAACCGGAGUCAUUGGCUUUGCUGGGAUCCUCGGCCUUUUCCUUGGACGAGGUUCUAGGAUGAAGAGACUGAUCUACCCAACCACACUAAUGGCUGUUGGUGCUUCUAUGUACUAUCCACAAGAGGCUGUAACCAUCGCAAAGAAAACAGGAGACGGCAUUUACGACUGGACACUUAAGGCUUAUGUUGCCGUGGAGAAUCUUAUCAAAGACAAACCCACCUCGAAGACGGUUCAACAGAAGACUGAUCAAGCAGAGAAGAGUUCCAGUGGAGAGACCAAAGCUUAGGUACAUUACCUCUCAGGUCAUUGCUAUGACAAUGUGUGUUGUCGUUGGGCAAAUACAGGAUCUCUGCCCUUAAAUCAACCUUCACGAACUGCUUUUGCACUAGUUACUUACUCUUUCAUCUGUCAAUCAUCAGAGAGGGGUUAGUGGUCUGGAAAGUUUUGAACUUGAAAAAGGAACUACUGCGAUUACAUUGAAAAUGCACUUGUAUACCAAAAUAAAUAUUAUAUUCCA